AAAUAAUCGGAACAUUUGUAAAUAGAAAAUAAAAACAUAUAUAUCCAAUUAAAUUAUGAUAAUUAUAGAUCAAUUGUAUAUAGCAAUAUAGAUUUUUUUAUAUCGCUAAGCGUUCAAAAUAUUUUUUUAAAGUGCUUCAAACACAUAUAUAAAGAUAUAUAUUUUUCUGGAAAUAUGCUGUUUUCCUGUGAUAAGUGUCAACAAAUAAACAAAAGUAUAUUUUUUCCUUAACAUUUUAUCCAAUGUUUUUUUAAUAUGUUGCCGUAUCUUCUGCUUAUGAACCGUUUAAAAAGCAAUCGGCGAGAGGAUUUACAAGUAGGUAAUCCAGAAUGCUGCAGGACCUGUCUAGGAUCUGAAAAUCUCACUGAUAUUUUCACAUCUAAAAACAUAAUGAUAAAACGUAUGCAACAACUAAAGCUGACUACUGGAUUACGGGUAAAAUAUAAUGAUGGAUUAUCACAGAAAAUAUGUUCACAAUGCUUAGAUAUGAUGGAGAUUGCAUUAAAAUUUAGACAGAUAAGCUUAGAAGCACAGGAGGCAUUGCUUGAUAUGAAAAAAUAUAAAGAUUCUGAGGAAAAUAGAUUUACAAUAAAAAUUGAAAGAGAUAAUGAUUUUCAGGAAGUAGAAAUCGAGUUUCCUAAAAAGAGCAUGCAUAGACAAACAUCAAAAAUAUCUCAGAAUAAAAAUCUAAGGUUGAAAAUGGUAAAAGUGAAAAAGAAGGUUAGAAAAAAGAGAAAGUCUAUGCAAAUACCGAAUGCAGAUUCAUACACAUGUCCGGUCUGUCAAAUGGUCUUUACAAUUAAAUCGUCAUUUGCACAGCAUGUGAGAUAUCACUAUAACCCAUAUGUUUGUGAGUUAUGCGGGAAGCGAUGUAGGUCCAUUUCGACACUGGAAGCUCACAAGCGAGCGAAACACGGCCUUGAAAAGAUUUACAAAUGUGAUCAAUGUGAGAAAGAAUUUGCCUAUCGAGAAGCUUAUCAGAUUCAUGUCCGAACGCAUACGGGCGAAAAGCCGUACAUAUGCGACAUAUGUGGGGCUGGAUUCCACAGACGCGGCACUUUUGUUCAGCAUUUGGGAGUGCAUAAUCCAGCAAACACUGUACAAUGUGAUCUGUGCCCGACGCGAGUUAAAUCUCUGCAAUUUCUAUAUUCACACAAGAACAGAGUUCAUUCGGGUAAACGAUAUCGCUAUAUUUGUCCCAUUUGUGAUAGACGAUUCGAUUUACCGACGAAAGUUAAGAAACAUGCAUUAGAAGAGCAUCAAGUUGGUGAAAAGGAUUUAGGAACGAUAGUUAGGAUUAAUACAUUCCUUCAAAAUACGUCACAAAAGCGUUCGUCGGAUUCGGGAACGAAUGAUUUAGAGUGAGAUUCAGAAGAGCGCGAAUGACACACGUAUGUCAUGUAACGUUCAUAUUUGCGUUCAGAAACGGUUGAAGUCAAACUUGGGCAUAGACUACGGCAAGUGAUGGAAAUCGGCAAUUUGAGACGAUGCGAAACUGGCGCCAACAAUCGGAUGGAUAAAAAUACAGAUAAUAAUGAAGUAACGUUUUACAUAUAACACAGAUAAAAUUUUAACACUACGAUUAAUAAAUAGAUUAAAAUUUCAA